AUAAGUUUAUAUAAUGUGUCAUUACAUACCUAUUUGAAGGUUUGUGUCGAAUUUGAAUCAGGUUUUUAGGGCGGUGCUAAAGUGAUCUUAGAAGUAAACAGCGGCUUUGAGAAUGAUGAUCGCAUGCAGUGAUGACGCAAAAAAUUACUAGGUAUCCCCCCCCUUACCCCCGUCACUGUCCAUUUAUUGUUUUUAAACGAUUAGAGAAGUGCUACACUUGGUUCAGAGAGAUUGUAAGACAGAAAUAGUAGCUUUUUUAUGCGUGCUGUACGUUAUGACAUGACACGCCACGAUGUAACGGAGGGUCCGUUUUUUUUCAACUUUUCUCCAAUACUACAGAGCUAUUACCAUGUCGAUCAACGCUUGAGUAGAAACCUAGUUCACACCCCCGAUUUUGAAGUCAACACAGUCGCUACAGUCCCGUUAGUUUUCUUUGUAGCCUCGUUUUGAAUGUCGCGGUUGCGCACAUUUGAACGGAAUGGGGUGAGUUUACGUUAGUCACCAAGCGCAACAUAACUUCAGUGUGUAACUUAGCUAGAAAGAUGUGUUGGCAUCGAGUUACAGUGUUGCCAACUCCUCAGUAAGGAAAGUAGCUAUUGGCUGUCCUAAAAGUCGCUACAAAUCGCUAAAUGAUGUCAUCACCUAAUUUGCAUAAUUGUCCAUGUGCAUGUAAUUGUGAUGGACUCUGUAGGAGAGAGGAAUAACGUCGUGGGAGAGACAAAAGCCAGAGCGGGAUCAUCCAGCGGCGGCUUCCCGCAUUCAUUUGAAGUCUGGAUGCGGAGGGGUGAACAUCUCCUGCUCUGACUGCAGCUGGGAGGGACUGCUGCACGAGGACUAGGGCCUAAGCCCUAGAACCAUGCCUCAGGUCUACCUGGCCUGAUGACUCUUGGCUGUCCCCAGUCCACCUUGUCGUGUUGCUGAUCCAGUUUCUGCUGUUUUGCCUGUGGCUAUGGAACCCUGACCUGUUCAACAGAUGUGCUACUUUGUCGUGCUGUUGCUCCAGUUUCAACUGUUCUGCCUGCGGCUAUGUAAUCCUGACCUGUUCACCGGACGUGCUCUACAUUGUCCCAGACCUGCUGUUUUCGACCUUCUCUCUCUCGCUCGCACCUGCUGUUUCGACCUCUGACUGCUCGGAAAAGCCUACUGACAUGAACUCUUGAGGUGCUGACCUGUUGCACCCUCUAUAAUCACUGUGAUUAUUAUUUGACCCUGCUGGUCAUCUAUGAACGUUUGAAAAUCUGAAGAACGAUCCAGCCUUAAAAUUUCUUCGGGAUCAGUGUCCCUUCCAUGAGACAGUUGAGCUUACAUAGGCUUAUGCGAUUAGCAUGAGGUUGUAAGUAACAAGAAAAUUUCCCAGGACAUAGACAUAUCUGAUAUUGGCAGAAAGCUUAAAUUCUUGUUAAUCUAACUGCACUGUCCAAUUUACAGUCGCUAUUACAGUGACAGAAUACCAUACUAUUGUUUCAUGAGAGUGCACAAUUUUGAACAUGAAAGUUAUUAAUAAACAAAUUAGACACAUUUGGGCAGUCUUGGUACAACAUUUUGAACAGAAAUGCAAUGGUUAAUUGUAUCAGUCUAAAACUUUGCACAUACACUGCUGCCAUCUAGUGGCCAAAAUCUAAACUCUACCUGGGCUGGAAUAAUACAUUAUGGCCUUUCUCUUGCAGUUCAAAGAUGAUGGUACAAAAAAAAAUACAAAAUAAUGUUUGUUUUUUCUUUGUAUUAACUUUUACCAGAUCUAUUGUGAUAUAUUCUCCUACAUUUCUUUCACAUUUACACAAAUUACAAAGUGUUUCCUUUCAAAUGGUACCAAGAAUAUGCAUAUCCUUGCUUCCGGGCCUGAACUCCAGGCAGUUAGAUUUGGGUAUGUCAUUUUUGGCGAAAAUUGGAAAAAAAGGGGGCGGAUCCUUUUAAUGGCCAUGUACUCUUAUAAUCUCCACCAGGCACAGCCAGAAGAGGACUGGUCACCCCUCGGAGCCUGGUUCCUCUCUAGGUUUCUUCCUAGGUUCCUGCCGUCCUAGGGAGAUUUUCCUAGCCACCGUGUUUGCUUGCUGUUUGGGUUUCUGUAUAAACACUUUGUGACAUCUGCUGGUGUAAAUAGGGCUUUAUAAAUACAUGUGGUUUGACCUUCUAUCUAAAGCAAACAAGGAACAGCUCAGAACAUAGCACCAACAAGCUUUCAUCUGGGUUGUUAUAGGUCCGACAAGGUCACAUGAUUUAAUUAAUAGACAGGAUUCCGUCUAGAUUGGGUUUGAGAUUGGCAGUGGGAUUGGGUCCUCUGUCUGUAUCACAGGGACUGAGUAGUGCUGUAGCUCAGACUACAAUCCCUGUCUGUGCAGCGUCUGUCUGUCUGGUCUGCUGAAGUGACACAUUCAUUCCAAAAAACACAGACAGGGUUUGGGCUGUAAUCCACUCACAAAUAUGCAGGGCUGUAGAUACAUAUGAGGACACAGAAGUCCAGACCUCGAUUAUAUUUUCUAGGAACUCAGUCAGGGUCUAAAAUGUACUUUUGAGAGUUAGAAUUGUAGAAUACACACCAAGGUGCAGUUUUUAAAUUUGGUUGUGCAUCAGCAGUUUUCCUCUUCUUAUAUGUCACUCACUAACCAGGUUUCCUCUUGUUAUAUGUCACUCACUAACCACGUUUCCUCUUAUGUCACUCACUAACCAGUUUUCCUCUUGUUAUGUCACUCACUAACCAGUUUUCCUCUUGUUAUAUGUCACUCACUAACCAGGUUCCCGCUUGUUAUAUGUCACUCACUAACCAGGUUUCCUCUUGUUAUAUGUCACUCACUAACCAGGUUUCCUCUUGUUAUAUGUCACUCACUAACCAGGUUUCCUCUUGUUAUAUGUCACUCACUAACCAGGUUUCCUCUUGUUAUAUGUCACUCACUAACCAGGUUUCCUCUUGUUAUAUGUCACUCACUAACCAGGUUUCCUCUUGUUAUAUGUCACUCACUAACCAGUUUUCCUCUUGUUAUAUGUCACUCACUAACCAGGUUUCCUCUUGUUAUAUGUCACUCACUAACCAGGUUUCCUCUUGUUAUAUGUCACUCACUAACCAGGUUUCCUCUUGUUAUAUGUCACUCACUAACCAGGUUUCCUCUUGUUAUAUGUCACUCACUAACCAGUUUUCCUCUUGUUAUAUGUCACUCACUAACCAGGUUUCCUCUUGUUAUAUGUCACUCACUAACCAGGUUUCCUCUUGUUAUAUGUCACUCACUAACCAGGUUUCCUCUUGUUAUAUGUCACUCACUAACCAGUUUUCCUCUUGUUAUAUGUCACUCACUAACCAGGUUUCCUCUUGUUAUAUGUCACUCACUAACCAGGUUUCCUCUUGUUAUAUGUCACUCACUAACCAGGUUUCCUCUUGUUAUAUGUCACUCACUAACCAGUUUUCCUCUUGUUAUAUGUCACUCACUAACCAGGUUUCCUCUUGUUAUAUGUCACUCACUAACCAGGUUUCCUCUUGUUAUAUGUCACUCACUAACCAGUUUUCCUCUUGUUAUAUGUCACUCACUAACCAGUUUUCCUCUUGUUAUAUGUCACUCACUAACCAGGUUUCCUCUUGUUAUAUGUCACUCACUAACCAGGUUUCCUCUUGUUAUAUGUCACUCACUAACCAGGUUUCCUCUUGUUAUGUGUCACUCACUAACCAGGUUUCCUCUUGUUAUAUGUCACUCACUACCAGGUUUCCAUCCAACAUUUUUUUGUGAGGAAAUCAUCAGUAGAGUUGAAAAUGUGAUGGAAACACAUUUAACUUGUAUUUUUAUGUGCACUUCAUCAUCACGCACAGCCUUUAUCUGCAACGGGUCAAUUUGAUGAAAAUCUGGUGGGAAAAUGCACAUAUUGUUUUAUACAUAUUUUAUCCUGAACAAAAAUAUAAACGCAACAUGCAACAAUUUCAAAGAUUUUGCUGAGUUACAGUUCAUAUCAGGAAAUCAGUCAAUUGAAAUAAAUUCAUUAGGUCCAUACACGGGGGAGCCAGGCCCAGCCAAUCAGAAAAGUUUCCCCCCCACAAAAGGGACAGAAAUAUUCCACAGCACCACGCCCUCCACCCUCAGACGAUCACACAGAAGAAGCCAUGUGGAAGUCUUGGGCUGGUGCGGUUACACGUGGUCUGCAGUUGUGAGGCCAGUUGGGCGCACUGCCAAAUUCUCUAAAAUGACUUUGGUAGAGAAAUUAACAUAAAGUUCUCUGUAAACAGCUCUGGUGGACAUUCCUGCAGUUAGCAUGCAGAUUGCAUUUUCCCUUAACUUGAGACAUCUGUGGCAUUGUGUUGUGUGACAAAAGUGCAGAUUUUAGAGUGGCCUUUUAUUGUCCCCAGCACAAGGCGCACCUGUGUAAUGAUCAUGCUGUUUAAUCAGCUUCUUGAUAUGCCACACCUGUCAAGUGGAUGGAUUAUCUUGACAAAGGUGAAAUGCUCACUAACAGGGAUGUAAACGAAUUUGAGAGAAAUAAGCUUUCUGUGUGUAUGUAACAUUUCUGGUAUCUCUUAUUUCAGCUCAUGAAACAUGGGACCAACACUUUACAUGUUGAGUUUUAUAUUUUUGUUCAGUGCAGCAUAUUUACAUGAAAAUCUGUCACCAAUUGGAUGGAAAACUAGCUACUGACACUCAUUCAAUUAGACCAUGCCUGUUUAAAAAUAUAUAUAUAUUGAUUGGUAAAUGAGUCUAGUUAGUCUAGCCAUGGUGUACUGUUCAUGGCCUAAUUACCAACCAGGGCACCCACUCAUUUUGUUAGUUCCUCUCACUCAGAUAUCAUAGUAACAUGGCAUAAGAUCGACUGAGGUGAAUGAAGUUACAGCAACCAACGUUUUAAUGGCUGGUGUAAAUUUUGCUUGUUUUUGCUGUUCUCCAAAUUGCAUUUUAGAGUUUUAAAAUUGUAUAGAAUUUGCAGUGGUUGAGCUUCAACUUUCUUCUUGGAUAUGUGAGUGGGGUAGGUUACCCCCUCCUCUCAGGAC